GAACAUUAUGUUCUUGAUACAUUUCCUGAUCAAUGGGUAUUGAGCACUUGCUGAAUCUUGUAGUUUGUAGAAUAUAUGGUGUACUAUUAUAUACAAACGGUUUACUGUUGAGACUUUCCACAUAAAACGCUCGUCCUUCCGAGUACAUAUGAUUACCGUACACACGGUCCCACAUAGGAGUCCAUUUGGGUGACGAAAUGGCGUCCGAAACAAAUGUAUCAGAAGAUGACAUCAUCAGAAUUCACGACAACCAUGGUAACACCAUAGAGUUACUGGGGAGCGGGGGUCAGUACCUCAGCGCGAGCAGUGUCAGGUCUGGGAGGUACCCUAACCCCGUCACUAACAUCCCUAGGCUGAGAAAGAUGAACGUCAACGAAGAUGACAUCUUUCUCUGUGCAUAUCCAAAAGCAGGAACACAUUGGACCUGGGAAAUUAUGACCAUGCUUCUGCAACAGAGUGCUGAAUAUCACCCCCGCGAAAAAGACAGUCACAUGUACGAGUUCCAUAUUCCAGAGACGCUACAGGCUUUAGAACGACCCCGUGUGUUCAACACCCACGUCCGUCCAAAUAACCUACCGGAACAGUUCUUUGAGAAACGAUGCAAAACUGUGUUUGUUCAACGUAACCCUAAAGAUAUAGCGGUAUCAUAUUAUUACCACUUGUAUCACUGCGCCUGGUACAAAUAUACAUUAGAAUGGGAACAGUUCAUCAAAGAAAAUCCAGAUCAUCCUGUUCAUUGCAUCAUGUACGAGCAACUUCAACAGAAUGCAGUCGAAGAAAUCAAGCGUCUUGCCACCUUUUUCAAGAUACCAUGUGACGAUAAACUUGCCAAUCUCAUUGCCGAAAAAUGCUCGUUUCAAAAUCUUAAAGACGCAACUUUGAAAGUCAAAAAUGGGGGAAAGAGCUGGACAGUUUUCAGAAAGGGAAAGGUUGGAGACUGGAAAACUCAUUUCACCGUCGCGCUUAACGAGAAGUUUGACCAGUAUUUACAUCGUCAUCCGACGACCUCGGUGUAUACGUAUGAUAUCUAGACUAGGACUACUUUUCUGGGCGUCAGAUUAUAAAUACAUGAAUGAAAUUUUUGUCACUAAAAUACAUGUCCAUUAAAUCACCAAUACGCUUUAUACUGUAAAAAUGUAUUCCUCUUUCAUGUAUCUGACGAGUGUAUACAUCAGUGCAAGUAAUUUUUUUGUUUUUGAAAUAAAAAUCUUAAACUUAG